CGUAGCGUACCUUUGUGUUCUAGGUACUAUACACGUUAAUAUGAGUUCUAGUUGAAACUGAGAUCGUACCUUUGUGUUCUAGCUCCCUCUCCCGUCGUUCGCUCGCCUGUUCUCGCAACACUUUCCUCGCUAAUAUAUGGAUGCGCAUUCACUUCCUCCUCCAUUUGAUGAACAGGCGUAUACGUAUGUAUCUGCCCUUGAAGCUGGACACCUCAAUGUUUCUUUGAGUCUAAUGGCAGCCGAUCAAUCGGACGAUCCCAUAAUUUUUCCCUCACUCGCAUUUUUACUGCGUCAUUCGAAAGCAAUAAGCGGAUUGUGUUCGACCUAGAAAUAUCAAAGAGUUUGCACGUGCUGCAAUACCAGUAGUGCCUGAUGUGAAGCAGACUGCGGCAGAGUCUUUGGAGAGUAGUGGAAUUCCCCCUUCAUCAGUUGACCUGGUAGUCUUAAGUCACCUCCAUUGGGAUCACGUCGGAGAUCCCUCCCCGUUAACAACUGCCGAGUUCAUCCUCGGGGAAGGAUCGAAGCAAGCUUUUCCAGACCCUGCCACACUUCUGAUCUAAACGUGGAAAUC